AUGAACGGUGAAGACCCCCAAGAGCGGCCAGAGCAGAUCCCGCAGCAUCAUCAACGCCUCUCUCUGUUAAUCGUACACCCGCAAGCAGCCGAGGUCCUCGAGGCCUAUCUGCAACAACAAUGUGAGGAGAAGUUCUGCGACUCCAACGCCAACCGGGCGCUACUCAAGCUCCGUGCUAACCAGCUCGCGUCAAGCUACCAGCUCAACCCGGACCGGAUCAAGGAUGAAGUGAUCACCAACAUCCUGGUCAAGGCCAUGACACAAUUCCCGUCCCCCCAGUUCGACCUCUCCCUACACCUGCUUUCUCCAUCACACUCCAACCCGGGGCCCAACUCGACAUCGGACCUCGCCGAAGCCGUGUCGAAACUGCGAGUGCUCAACGCGCAGCUCGAGGGCGCGCAGUACGCCCGCUUCUGGGCGACGCUCGACAGCGACGACAUCUACGCGGACCUGACGACCGACAUCGCCGGGUUCGAGGAGAUGAUCCGCGUGCGCAUCGCCCAGCUGCUGGGCCAGGCGUUCCGCGAGGUGCAGCCCAGCGUGCUCGAGGGCCAAGAAGACCGAGAUCCGCGAAGACGUAUCGGUUGA